AUGUGGACGACGAAGGCGGCGGCGCGGGUGGCCGUCCUCCUCCUCCUGCUCAUCGUCGUCGCACAGGAGUCGUCGGUGGCGCCGGCGGCGGAGGCGCGCGUGUGCCGGCAACGGAGCGCGGGGUUCCGGGGGGCCUGCUUCUCCGACCACAACUGCGCGCAGGUGUGCCUGCAGGAAGGAUGGGGCGGCGGCAACUGCGAGGGAUUCAGGCGACGGUGCAAGUGCUCCAGGCAGUGCUAG